AUGAUCCUUGAGUUGGAAACACCAAGAAAUUCCACAGUGGAGCCCCAGAUGGAGACUCAGAUGGAGCCCCAAGCAGGACCAUCGAAUGUAAAUGUUGUACCAGAGCCUCAAAUUGUUGAACCACAAGCAACUGGAAAUCAUUUUGUUGAGGCUCCUAGGUUAAAUAGAACUGUUGAUCAAUUCAGAUUUCCACUACGACAUUCAUACUUGAAAGCUGAUGGUGUUACGAAGGGAUUCUUAACACAUAAUGACCCUAGGGCCAUGUGUGUUGAUUACGAAUUAGGCUUUAACAGCCCAUGUAUGUCUACACGGUGCUGGUUUUAUAAUAGCCACUUUUGGUCUAUUCAUAAGGACUUAAUGGAAACAAUAAAAGUUCGGUUCGAAGGAGGUAUGGUGAAUAUUAAUGUAAUUCAGGUCCAUCCGCAGUUUAAGAUAUUAUUUCCCUUUACUUAUCAAAACUAUGUGGAUCUCAAAAGAAAUAUCAUUAGAUUUGGGCCAUCCUAUGAUGAAUGUUACUUAUGGUUACCUACGAGAUCACUGGAAACGUCACCAUUGAGGCACCGUUCAAACGUUUGAGUUGAUAUCAAGCAAGUCCGAAGAAAGAGUGAGAAAAAAAAAUUGUAAAAAGUAAUUUUAAUUAACCUGUAAAAAAAAAGGUAAAAUAUUAAUUUUUGUACAGUUAUUAGAUAUGUAUGUAUUUAAACUAAUUGUUUUUUUUUUUGUUUUUUAUACGUAUUUUUAUAGAAUAAAUUAUACAAUAAGAAAAACUACUGUUUGUUAUUCAU